AUGGCCAAGCUGGCCGCAGUUGCGGCAGGCGUCGUCUCGUGUCGGCUUGUGCCUGCCGGCGGCGCCGCCCUAGGCGCCUCCGCGGGCAUCACCCUCAGCACGUCCUCGCGCCCCCGCCUGGGCGUCUCUACGUGCCUUGCGCGCCUUGCCACGCUUGUGGCCGCCUGUCGCGGAAGAAGGCUCCCCCUUCUUCCGGACAUUGGUGAAGAAAAUUGCCAAGAAAGGAUAUGUUGUCACCAUCUACUGUUACUUGAAAUUGUCGCUGUGUUCCGUCGUGCGUCUACCAACGUGUUACAGAGUGGUACCAUACUUCCUUUGGAUAAAGCCUACAUCGAGGCUUUGAAAGCAAUAUUGCUUUCCCAUUGUACCAUUGUAGAUGCGUACCCAGAUCGAUCGUAUUAUGGAGGCCCAGAACACGAAUGCCCGUACUGUGGUGCUGUCUUCUGGUUCCAGGAGCGUGUCAAAAGAGCGUCUGUUGUGUCACAACGAAAAAUUAUGUACAACCUUUGUUGUAAAGGAGGAAAAAUUAAUUUGAAACCUUACAAAAAGCCACCUUAUAUCCUAGCUAACCUAUUACGUUUUGAUGGCGAUAUACGAUCAAAAAGGUUCCUUAGGCAAAUUCGAUCUUACAAUUCGCUAUUCGCAUUCACAUCUCUAGGUGCUGCUGUUGACAGAACGAUAAAUAAUGGUACAGCACCUUAUGUAUUCAAAAUUAAUGGAGUGGUUCAUCAUCGUAUAGGUACCUUGCUGCCACACCAUGGAACACGACCCAAAUUUGCACAACUUUAUAUAUACGAUACAGAGCAUGAACCGCAAAAUAGAUUAGACAUAUUUGAGGGGGAUGACAAUGCUCCCGAUCAGCCGGACCCAGAUGUAGCCAUAUCUCUGUUAAAUAUGUUGAAUGAGCAUUAUGAACUUGUUAGAGCAUUUCGUUUCGCUAAAGAACGCCUAGAACAAGCUGGUAACCAAAAGAUAACACUACGAUUGCUAGACUGCAACACAAGACAUGAUGUUCAAUGCAAUUUACCCUCGAGUGGUGAGAUUGCUGUUAUUAUAGUGGGUGACUACUCAGUUGACGAAUACACUUAUGAUGUCCUUGUGCACGAUAAAGAGUAUGGCUUAAGGCGUGUUUCCUGCUUACACCCGGCUUAUAUGGCUUUGCAAUACCCAUUGUUGUUUCCUUACGGUGAAUACAGUUUCCACCUUGGUAUUAGAUAUACUGAUGCUGAUGAUGCGACUGGACGUAAGUAUGUCACGAUGCUUGAAUUUGUUAGACGUCACGUGCAUUACAAAUUAAACGAGGCAAACCCAUACACUUGUUAUGGCAGAUUGAGUGACCAGAUCGAUGUUGAUUCAUACUCGACAAUUGAGGGCUCUAGACUACAAUAUAUAGCUGACCACCAAGGAGAGCUACGGUCUGAGUCGGUACAAGGAAUAACUGAUGCCAUUGAUAAGGGUCUUAUUGACGCUGAUGCUGUUGGUGGUAGGGUAAUUGUCCCUGCUAGCUUUACUGGUGUUCUAUACACUGUUGAGUUCCAGAAACGUGGUCUACCACAUAUACACUGCCUUGUGUGGCUAGCUAAUGGUAGCAAAGAUUUCAGCGCUUCUAUUGUUGAUAGUUUCAUAUGCGCGGAAAUUCCUGAUGUCAAUAUUGACCCACUAGGUUACGCUUUAGUUGAUGAAUUCAUGAUUCAUGGUCCAUGUGGUGAUUAUAAUAAAAAGUGUCCAUGCAUGAAAGAUGACAAGUGUUCAAAAAAUUUCCCUAAGCCAUUCCAAGAUGAAACUGUAUUAGAUGACUUUGGGUUCACUAUCUACAGACGGAGAGAUGAUGGUAGAUCUGUUCCUAAAAAUGGCAUUAACUUAGACAACAGAAAUGUUGUUCCAUACAACAUGCACUUAUUAAAGAAAUACAAUGCGCACAUCAAUGUUGAGUGGUGCAACAAGUCAAACAUGAUCAAAUAUCUUUUUAAAUACAUUACAAAAGGAAGUGAUAGAGCGAGAGUAUAUUUUGAGGUUACUGCUAAGACAUCUAAUGCGUCACCUGGACCUCAAUUAGCUCCACGGGAUGAAAUACAAGAGUACAUUGAUGCUAGAUUCCUGUCUUCAUGUGAAGCCCUAUGGCGUGCUUUCGAAUUUGACAUUCACUUUAGAGUGCCUCUAGUGGAGCGACUAGCUGUCCAUCUUCCUGGCAUGAACCAUGUGCGAUAUGAACCUGGGGCUAACUUACAUGCGCUGCUAGCGAGUCGUGCAGCUAAAAGCACAAUGUUAACCGAAUGGUUUGAAGCUAAUUCAAAACAUGAAGAGGCUAGACACUUAAUGUAUUGUGACUUCCCAAAAGAAUGGUCUUGGGAUGCAUCUGAGCGUUUCUAG